AUGUUACAUAAAUUUGGACCAAUUUUUAGAGUAAAAAGAUUUAGAAGGGCUCAAAGGUUACACAGAGAAAGGAUUAAUCGUGAAAGAAAUUUACAAAGACAAAGACUUUAUGAUAGAUUAUAUCCAAGAAGAAUAAUUCAAAAUGGGAAUAUUUUCAUUGACAGUUUUAAUUCUAUAAAUACACUUACAAAGUCUGGUCAUGAGUUAUUAGAAAUUUCACAAUCACCUUUUCAACAAAUUAUUAAAAAAAUAUUUGUUGUAUUCUUUCAAGAUUAUUUUAGCCUUCCAGUCAAUAUUAAACAAAGUGAUUUGGAAUUAGUUUUAAAUAAUAAAGUAAAUCAACCAAAAUAUCAAUUUCAAGUGAAAAUUUUAACAUUCAAAAAUAGAUCAGAAGAUGAAUACCCACCACAUAUGCAAAUAGUUGUAAAUGGUAAAAAUGUCAUUGAUCAAAUUUAUAAAAUUAAAAAAGAUAAUAUUGAAAAUGGAAUCACUGUUUUUUAUUAUAAUCCAAUAGAUGUAUCUCAAAACAUACAAAAUAAAAAUACAUUUACAAUUAAUACUCAUGAAACUAUUGGAGUAUUAAUGCUGCAAAUUGUUAAAAUUAAUGGUUUUAUUUCAACAUUAAACUUGGCUAAUCUUUAA